AUGGACGACAAUACAGCAGAGCUCAAUGAGCUCUUUGCAACCUCUGCCCCCAAUGGGCUGCCCAAAGACGUCCUCGCGGAAUUGCAGUCUAUUCUGCGAGUCCAGUUGAUUUCCCCGCAGGAGUUAUUCUACAAAUGGGAGUCAUAUUGCCUGAAGAUGGGCGCGGAGGAGACCAAGAUGGAUUUGGAAACAGUUCGGCUGUUCAAGCGAGAUGUCCAAGACAGUCUGGAGCGAGAGAGUCGAGGCAGGGCUGGACGGCAAACGGAAAAGAGAAGCACAGUGACCGCAACCCCGCGGGCUGGGAUGGCAUCGGAUGUAUUUGGGAUGUUGGACGGGUUGACACCAAAUACUAAGACCCCAAAUAGCGCAAAGCGCAAAGCGGAUUUCGCAUCGCCUUCGAUAUCAAAAAUUGGAAAGUCUGAAGCAACGCCAGUGAAGGGAAAGACCGCGAAUGGGCUACAACCCGUCGCCUUUGCGGAACGCCAAAAUCCAGGACAAACGCUCGAGACGCUUAACUCUCAUCUACCACUGCCAGAGACCCCGAUUGCUCCCUUCCCAGAAGCCCGCAUACGACCGACGGCCAACACAGACCUAAAGAAAUUCGGAUACAAACCGAUGGCGAUGCGUUUGUCUGAGGCAUCAGAAAUUCUAGACGAUCGGAUUGACGAAAUCGUGACACUACUUCAACCGCAGUAUGAGUCGGAGGAUAUCGCGUUUGGUAGCGCAUCUAUACAGAGCACAAGCGAGAUUAUCGCAAUUGGGCGCAUCGCAUCAGAUAGUCCCGAGGGGAAGCUCAACGCGGCAUCUCUGGUGCUUGAAACGUCGAGGCGAUCAGGAGCCGGCUUGCGAGUCCCAUUAAAACUCGAUUCGGUGCCUUCGGCCAAUUUCUUCCCUGGUCAGGUCGUGGCUUUGAGAGGUAUCAAUGCAUCGGGGAAUUACUUUACGGUCAAAGAUGUCCUCCCCAUUCCUACACUUCCGCCAGCAGCAUCAUCACCGGUUACCUUGGACGGCAUUACUGAACGAGUGGGUGAAACACCAUUGAACGUGAUGGUCGCCUCGGGGCCGUAUACGGCAGACGAAAACCUAAAUUUCGAACCAUUACAUGAAAUCUGCCAAAAGGCCGCGGACACCCUGGCAGACGGGCUGGUAUUACUAGGACCAUUUCUGGAUAUCGAGCAUCCCCUCGUCGCAUCAGGAGAUUUCGACCUGCCCGACGUUAGCGGCUACGACCCAGACACAGCGACUUUGGCAACUGUUUUCCGACACUGCAUUACAGCCCCGAUCCAGAAGCUUGUCGCCGCGGUGCCAACAAUCACGAUCGUAAUGGUGCCAUCCGUGCGUGAUGCGUUAAGCAAACACGUCGCCUGGCCGCAGGAACAGAUGUCAAAGAAGGAACUCGGGUUACCGAAGCAAGUACGGGUGGUUUCGAAUCCGGUGACGCUCUCGUUCAACGAGACAGUUAUCGGAAUGUCGUCGCAUGACGUAUUAUACGAGCUACGACGAGAGGAGGUUGUGCACGGCAGACCCAAGGAGGGAAACUUGCUCACGCGGUUGUCCAAGUAUCUCAUUGAACAACGUCAUUUCUACCCUAUCUUCCCGCCUACAGCACGGGAGAACCUGCCUAAGACGGGGGCAGAAAGCGGGCUUGCGACGGGAGCAAUGUUGGACGUUAGUUAUUCGAAGCUUGGGGAGUGGUGGAAUGUGCGGCCGGAUGUGUUAAUUGUGCCGAGUGCGCUGCCUCCAUUUGUUAGGGUCGUCGAUAGCGUCCUCGUGAUCAAUCCCGGAACAAUCUCGAAACGCCGUGCAGCCGGAACCUACGCACAACUUGCAGUGCACCCACGAACAUUCGAUGACGAAGAACGCGACCAGAAACAAACGAGCCAUAAGAUUUACGAACGCACACGUGUGGAUAUCAACCGGAUAUAA